GUAUUGUUGUGCGGGUUGUGCAACUUGAGAAUAGGUACAGAGUAACUUAUUUAAUUGUUUAACUUAUAUUCCUUUUCCAUGUACAUGAUUUAAAGUGAAAUUGUUAGUAUUUCCUAUGUAAUAAACAGGAAACUCAAGCUGGACAAAAAGCCUUCCUUUCAAAAAUAUAGGUAACUGACUCUGCGACUGUCUACAAAAGAACGCAGACAAAAAUGGCCAACCUAUCAAAACAAAAUCGAAAUGUCAAUGGCUUUCAAUCAGCUGUCGAUUUUUUAUUGAGGAAUAGAAGAUAAAUUAUUUGUAUAUAAACCAAAAUGUGCAUUGUUAAAUGAAAGGAUGUUGCUAAGUGUAGUGGUGUUAUAAAAUCGGCACGGUGGUGUUAGUGUUCGGCGGGGGUGUGUGCGGUGGGCGAUGGCGGUGGUUGCGGUGUGAAGGUGGCGGGCGCGGCUCGGAGUCGCAGGCAUGCGGCGGCAUGGCGGGCGAGGCUGCGGGCACGUCGCGCGGCCUCCGCGUCUACAAGAUCGUGGUGCUGGGCGACGGCGGCGUCGGCAAGUCCGCGGUCACGCUGCAGUUUGUCAGCCACAGCUUCUUGGAUUACCAUGACCCUACCAUAGAGGACUCAUAUCAACAACAAGCCGUCAUAGAUGGGGAGCCUGCCUUGUUGGACAUAUUGGACACAGCAGGACAGGUGGAGUUCACGGCGAUGCGCGAGCAGUACAUGCGGUGCGGCGAGGGCUUCGUGCUGUGCUACUCGGUGACGGACCGGCGCUCGUUCCGCGCCGCCGCCGAGUACCGCCGGCUGCUGGCGCAGGCGCGGCCCGCCGAGCGCCUGCCGCUCGUGCUCGUCGGGAACAAGCUGGACCUAGCGCCACGGUUUAGACAGGUGACGACAGAGGAAGGCAAGGCACUGGCGACGCAGCUCGGCUGUCCGUUCUUCGAGACGUCGGCCGCGCUCCGGCACUUCGUGGACGAUGCCUUCCACGCGCUCGUCCGCGAGAUACGACGGUUGGAAAGACAAAGACAGUCAUCGCUCAUGGGUACUGGUAUAUCGACGAGCGGCGGACGCAGGCGCUGGAGGCGGUUACGCAGCAUCUUCGCUUUGGUCUUCCGACGGAGAAGAAGGCACCACACCUCGCCGUAACACGCAAACACAAUUGUAAUUGUCAACACAACUGUAAGACCUUUACGUCAUUACGUCACUAACGCCUAAACAUGGCGUCAAAUAACAAAAAGCUGUUUUAGCUAUAUUGUGAUCGAAUUUGGCGCCAAAAAUGAAUACCAAUGUGACUUUUGUUACGCGAAUGUUAAAGAGGAUUGAAAUUUACGACAUAGUCAUAUUGAUAAUGUAGUAAUAACAUUUUUUGAGAAUUAAUUGGAGAAUAUUUAUUUAAUUGGCAACACUAUGUCGUCGAUCAAAAGUUAAAAUUCCUGUCCGAACAGUUAAAUAUCGAUUUUAAUUAAAAUAACAAUAAACUGAAUUCCCGUCGAGCUUUUCUGCAUUUAAGAAAUUAAUUGAAUUUAAAAUGUUUCUUCUUCUACCUCAAAAUGAUGCUAUUAUAUGUUACAAACCCAAUAUGUGGGCGACGUUAUUACCCUAUAACAUUACGUUAACCUAAAAAUAUGGAUAAUAUUGCCCGCGGCUUAUGUGCGCAAGUUCUAAAUGAGCUUCUAAUGUGAUAAACUAAGCUUAUCUUGUUUGUUUCAAAAUGCUCAAAUGGAGUGGAAUAUUGAUUAUUUAAGGUACACUUGCAUGCUGCAAGCUAACUGAAGCAAGGAAUUUGUUAACAUUGCUUUAUAUCAUUCAAGAGAAAUUGAUAUAUUACUCAUACAUCCUGUUGAGCAAUGAUCUUGAUUAUUCUUAUCUUUCUAUUAUUUUGAUGUUAAAUCUUUCCAGUGUUUAUUUAUGAAUUUUAAAUGUAAAGACGUUUUUGAUAGUUGUUUAGAGCUAAAAUCGUUUCACUUUAGAAUUAGACGAGGCCUAGGUACGGUUUCACACAAAGAAAUCGAAACAAUGUGCCACUGAGUCGAGAGUUAAUUAGGAAAGCAUUUUCUUUAGGAGACAUAUCUUUUAGCUUAUAUAAGAUCUGUAAACCUGUGUAAUUUUUAUAAGCGUUAAUGGUGAUUCAAAUAGCCUUCCUUUCCUACACAAUAUGGAAAUGAGGUUAAAUUUCAAUAAGUCACUCGACUUUAAGAGAGCCAUUUACCGAUUGUAAAAAUGACACUUACCUAAAGAUCCAGGCUUAUACAAUUUCGACGUUUUUACUCCAAUUUCGAUUGCUCCACCGUUAAAUUUUCCUCGGGUGUUGCCCGAUAGAAGCCAUAUAGUAUUUAUGUUGCCAUAUCUAAUAAUGCUUUACUUCGUGCAUUUAAUUUAACCUUGCCAUAAAAUUUCUAUACAUUGGUCCUCUUACUAAAUUUGUUUUAAAUAUAUUGGAUACUAGUUAUUACUUUAGAACCCCUUUUACUGUAGUUAAUAUGAGAAUAUUUAGGCCUAAAAUGUUUCUAUUUAUAUUGUUUGUGGCAUACGGCCUUAAGUAACUUCUCGUGAUGACGACUCACACGCCUUGAAAUGUUUUCAAAUUAUUAUUUUAAUUUAAAAUAAUCUGUUUUCACAUUUGAAUAUUGAGUCUUAAAUUUUUCCAAUAUUAGAAAAAGUUUUAUCGUGACGAAUAUGGUACUUAAUAAUUGUUCCAAUAAAAUAAUAUCCAUGUAAUUUAUCACAUGAUUUUAAAUAAAGUUAUUUACAGUGUAUACAUAUACAGUUUACUGCAUACUUGUAUACAAGAGUAAUUUAUAUUUGUAUAUAAUUUUGGGCACCAGUACCUAAUAGUUUAGACCAUGUUAUGUCUUCCGAGUAACGGAAUCAGUGAAAGCAAUAAGUAAGUGUAGAAGUUGUUUUACAAUACUAUUUGUUUGAACCAUUGACUAGUAGAUGUUUUAUUUAGGAGUUUUAAUGUUUAGCUUGUAUUACAUAGGUAUGUAGGUAGGUCGCGUCUGAGAGCUGGCCGGAUGGCUGUAGGGAACCAUUUGAGGUCUGAAUAAAACGAGGCACAGUUACUAGACAGUAGCGUUAAGAGUUCGAAUAGUCUAGUCUAGAUUUUAGAUUCAAGGAUUUUAAGACCCUUUUACCACAAUUUUUAGCAUAAAGAAAUAAUAUUGUGAGAACAUUUUGGCAGUUUUCAGACAGGCCUAUAGUCAAUAGUAAUAUAAAUCAUAGGGGACCUUGUAGGUAAAAAUAAAUUCCAAACGUAUUAUACAAACGCCAUAAUCGUGUAUAUUUUAACAACCAAAGCACCAUUUAUAUUGAAUAUUGAAAUUUUGGUAUUUUUAUUUGACCUCGGAGUACAAUUAAGUAAUCUAAGUGAGAUGUAUCGAGCUCUUCGUUUAAUCUGUGUAACAGAAACAGCAAUAAGUAUAUAAAGUAAAUUUAUAUAUAUUUAACUUUAGUGUGUAACGUGAUUGGUGUAUGUAUUUUUGAAGUACCCUUAGUGUCGUGGGAAGACUUGUGGAUUUGUAUAAUGUUAGGUCGAUACGCACAAAUAUUAGUGUAGUCGUGACGUGUGCCCGUGUGAGUGGCGCCGCGCCGGGCGAAACGUUUGACAAUACAACUAGAAUAUAUGAUAUGUAAGGUUAAAGAGAGAUUCCUAAUUACAAGCAAUAUUAAACGCCUAACGGUAACUUAUUGUGAUGUGAGUGUUAGCCUGUCAUUUAAACUUAUAAUCAUAUUUUAAUUAUACGGUUUUAUCACCAGCUUUUUCAAUGUAGUUUGGAUGUUUUUAUUAUAAUGAUUUGUGUUGUCAAAUGCUUCGUCUUGGUACAAUAUUCAGUGUAUGGCGGGUGACGCGAAGCCGCGUCUAACCCUCUGUGCGAUGAAACGGUGUCAAAGUAUGGUAUUCAUUGAUUAAUGUCGCGAUAAAGUUGGGGUUUCGAAUUAAUUAUCACGGUCUAAAUAGUUCCAUGUCCAUAAACUGUGGAUAAAAAUAUGAAGUUUAUCUAAGUAUAGUCGAUUUGAGACCCCACCCUAAGCGUAAAGCAUUGCCAUUUGCCGUGCAAAGCCUACAUCUUAACCAGGGAUUAUAUAAUCUAAUUAAGCCCUUAACUACUUUAAAAUAAAGUACAAUUUAAUUUGUAUGGCAUGUAAAUUAUGUUUGUCAUCAAGUGAUUGUGUUAUUGUAUUCAGUAGUAAGGUAUCUGUAGGUUCUAACUCUAGUCACUAUUGUUUUGUAUAGCUGUUAAUAGAUGUUCAUCUUACUGAUAAUAUGGGGCUCGCUGGUAAAAUAGGAGCUUAUUAAUUGUAAGGUUUACUUAGCGUGUCUUGUCCUAGUAUUGUGAACGCAUUGUAGUGUAAAGUUGUUCUAGUAUUCACUAUGCAUGUGAUUUUUUUUAUUUCAGUGUUCUUUCUAAGCUUUCCGAAGUUAAAUCUGGAUGUAUUAUGUGAAUUAUGCAAUUUUCUCGUCAUUUAUGACAUAUGAAACAUGUUUGUGACGAUUUCAUCAAAUUAUUUAAAUGUAAUGUCAUGGAAAAAAAAACAAAAGUUUCUCUGAUUAUAACCUUUUUUCUGUUAAUGCUUGCAAUUUCAUAUCGAGAUGGUUCCUAGCAUUAGUUUUACCUAAAGUCUUCUUAUUUUACCAGUCGGCCAGCACAAUAUUAUUAAAUAAUAUUGUAGUAUUAGCGUUAUCGGAACAAACCUCGUUGUUCACUAUUUAUCACUUUGCCACGAGUACUAAUAAUCUUAUUGUCUGUAACGGAGUAAAAUGUUUAGGACAGUUUACAGUUCAUUGCGCAAUUUGUAUGAUGUCGUUGUUCACAAAUCUAAACGGCCAUACAAGCCCAGACAUGUAUACUUGACAAUAAAUAAGGAACGUCGAAUUGAAAAGAAAGUAUAAAUAUAUGUUUAAUCAAAUUAUCAUACAAAAAUACCUCUUACCUCUCUUUUUAAUCUAGAGAGAGUUCACUUUCGUUGUUUUCCGCAACUAGAAACAGGCAGAACUGGAUUUAAUGUUACAAAAAUUAAAGUAUUUUUUGUUUAUUGUCAAGUAUCUAUUUUAAAAUCUAAGUACUUUUCAAAAUUGAGUAUUCCGUGCUAUCCUAUUACCGGCCUAAGUUAAAUGUUGUAUGUAUUUAUCGGUAUAUAGCUGUUUAUUUAAUUCUAUAAAAAAUGUAAGCUCGUCUAUUUAGCUUGCUAUUGUCACCGUUAGUACAAUCGGUCUAAACUUUUAAUAUCUUUUUCAGUAUGUCUGAUUUUAGUUUCCAGAACAUUCUUCACAUGUCAGUAGUAAGUUUCUUUUAAUUGAAAAUAGAUAAACAAGAAUUAUCCUUGGAGCCGCUAACUUAAUUUGACAUGAGUAUUGUCAUGGGUGCUUACUAAUUAUGACCUUAAGUCGUUCAAGACUGCUUCAUUUAUUAUUAAAUGAUGCAACGGUUUACUCGUAUUUAUCGGAAGUGCCCAAAAAGUGUCGGGCCAAAGCUUCGGAUACGACGCGGCGAGGUCGCGAGUCGAACUGACUCAGUCUCACGAUAGUUGCUUCAUUUAUGGAAGAGAGCUGGCAUACUACAGGGCGUUUCGCUGCAAAUCUUAUUGCUAGACUGGUCAUAGGGCCCUUGUAGACAAAAAAACAGUACAUGUAAAAUUAAGGUAGCAGGCUAUAAUAAGUGUUUCAGGAACAAGCAAUAUAAUGUUUUACAAACGCCGCACUUCUUAGAGUACUAGUUGUUCAGAGUAGUCAGUAUAUAUUUAAAAUUGACGCUUAUAACGUAUUUACAUUUUAAUGUUUAAUUAAUAUAUUCCAUAGAUUAGAUGGUUAUUAAGAGAGUAUAUUAUUAUCCUACAGUAGGUGAUUUGAACAAUAAUUAUUGAAAAAAAAUAUUUCGUGUUAUGUACAAAAUUUUUAUAUGUUGAAAAUUGUUGUCAUAUUUUUGUUUGGUUGAUGUAGGUUCCGUUGUGGUUGUAAAUAACUAGGCAACACUCACGAUAUGAUAGUAAAGAAUUAAUUUAUAUACACAAAACACCGCACUAAAAUCACAAAUAUACAACAGAAUGAUUAAAGUCAGUGCAAUCUAAUCAGC